AUGACGGUUGUGGAGGAUGAGAAGAAUAAGAGUGAGGGGCUUUAUGUGAAGGGGUGUCGGAAUUUGGCGGGGGUGUUGAGAAAGGCGAGGAGUGUGGAGGAGUUGAAAUUGGGGUUUCAGGGGAGGACGAAGAAGAGUAUUCAUCUUAUUCUGGAAGCUUUUCAGCAAGAUGAAUUUACCUUCCGACACUUGAGGAAGGUAUCUUUUCAGUACUGCACGACUACUUCGAAGGACCUAUUCGAUUUCCUGGUCAGACAUAAGGGGAGCUUGAAGGAAGUGCAACUUGGAGGUGAGGGAUUGAGAACUCAUCGGCGUCCGAAUGGUGGUGUUCAUCUAGAGGAUGGGAGUAUCAAGGAUUUAUUUGAGAGGCUGAAGGCAGAGAUGCCAGCGUGUGAGAUGUGGGUUAUUGGGGAUUUGAUUGGGGUGGAAAGUGGUGAGCGGUGGCUGUUGGAGGAUAGAACGAGGAUUGAGGAGUUAAGUGAGUAUGUUAUUGACUGACCUUUUUAUUUCUGGCAUAUUUACCCUGAGUUGGUAAGGGGCUUUGGGCUUGGUUCUUGGUGUGAAGUUGGAUAGAAGCUGA